GUUAGGACUAUGUAUAUGCAUUGUAUUUUUUUUAUUUAUUUUCUUUAGGAAGUGACAAUCUGCCAACUUCUGUCCUUAUUAAUUUUUUUGAAUAUUAUAUAAUUGACAAUUCUGUGAAAAAUAGUCUGCCUUGCUAUAGUUCGAUUUUCUGCCACCAGAGGUCAUCGUAUAUAUGUCAGAGUCAGAUAUGAUUUUUAUUAUUGCCCAGUGUUGACAAUGAGAAACAUAUGGUUAUGUGUCGCCUAAUGUUGCUGUGACGAGCGAAGCGGUUAUAUCUCAAAAUUAAUUUGGAUUUCACUCAACUACGGGACAAAGCUGGAGACGAACGAAAUGGGUUUGCUUACGGAUCCUAGAGCUGGAACCGGCAAGCUCAUAAAAUUAUUGUUGAGAUGGGAGAAACGAUUGUGCUUCGUAUUAUAUGUGGGAGGAAUUAUAUGGCUAAUGCUCUUGGCGUCACCGGUAUUUAACGAUAAUACCUACUUCUCCGAAAAUGCCUUACUGCCUGGAUUAGUUACAAAAGAGAGUAAUUUGGAACAAACGUCAAAGCAAUACUAUCAUGAACUAAUUCACGAAAUGAAGAGAUAUCCGGAUAGUAUGCCUUACGCAUGGCUUUUGGCAAAAUUCAACCAACUGCAUUUGGAUGUAUUUGUACAUAAUUUUUCCUUGAUUUAUCCAUUCCAAGAACAAAAGUUUGUAGGACAAAAUAUCUAUGGCAUUGUUAGAGCUCCACGAGCAUCCAGUACCGAAGCUAUUGUAGUCAGCGUACCCUAUAGACCUAUUAACAGUAUUUACUUAGACACUGCACCUUCGGUAGCGCUGUUACUUGCAUUUGCAAAAUUUUGCAGAAAACAAAAAUAUUGGGCCAAAGAUAUAAUAUUUCUUGUAACAGAACACGAGCAAUUGGGUAUGCAGGCAUGGCUAGAUGCAUAUCAUGGAGUUACUAGUGGCCAAGAAGGUAUCUUGAUAGCAGGAGACUUAUCGGGAAGAGCUGGAUCUAUUCAGGCUGCUAUCAAUUUGGAAUUUCAUGCAAUGAAAGUUACAUCAAUUGAUGUCAAGAUAGAAGGACUGAACGGGCAAUUACCCAAUCUAGAUCUAUUUAAUUUAGCACAAAAUAUGAUAGCCAAGGAAGGAAUCCGACAGUCUUUCCAACGUCGAUUUGAUGUUAAUUAUAGAGAUAAAUUAAAAAGUUGGGGAUAUUAUUUUAAUACAUUAAUGAGUAUGGUAGUAACACAAGCCACUGGAAUUCCGACUGGUAAUCAUGGACUUUUUCACAGAUUUGGCAUAGAAGCUAUUACAUUAGAAGGUUUCCAAAAAUCUGGCAGAGAGACAGAAGCAAAUUUCUACCAAGUAGGACGCGUAGUAGAAAGUAUAGUGCGAUCACUCAAUAAUUUAUUAGAACGUUUUCAUCAAUCAUAUUUUUUCUAUUUAUUGCCUUCUACCGAUCGAUAUAUUUCUAUUGGAUUAUAUAUGCGACCUUUGGUGCUGAUAAUUGCUGGUGUAUUUAUAAAGGCAUUUUCUAUUUGGCAAAGACUGCAAACAUCGAGCAGCUCAAAUGAGACAAGAAAUGAGCGGAAUUCAUUGAACAAGAUUGAAGAAUUUGAUAUUGGAGGCGUCGCUUCCGAAGUGUUGUGGGCACACAUAUUUGGCGUAUUAAUAAUGGCUUCUCCUCGAUUUUUCACUUUAAUCGGAUCACAAAUGUUUCACUUACGUACAGAAGAUUCCUUAUACGCCAGUUUUGCUCUUAUCACCAUUAUCACAUUGUUGCAGCGCUUUUAUUUGAGAAGGUCGGUCAAAUACGAGAAUGUAUCGCUUGUUUGCGUUAUUGCGUCCAUUGAACUAGCAACUGCAUUAAUGUGCGUAGCUAUGCAUAAUUUCUCAUUAGCAUUAUUAACAGCUAUCGUAUAUGUACCGGUUAUAUUAUUAAUAACACCGCAUAACAAUUCUGUGUCCAGCAGAUUACGCAGCUGUCAAUACAUCGCAUGGAUCAUACUACAUCCAUUCAUCGUGUCAGCGAUCGUUGUAAUAGGCUAUACGUAUCUCAAUUUUCCUACCGAUUCUGUCGGAUCUCUGCUUUUAAGAAGCUAUCGCGCUAACAAGCAAGCGCUCGUGUUCAGUAUUGUAGACUCCAUGAUAUAUGGCAACUGGUUCUACAACGUUACUACUGCUGUUAUGUUACCGAUAUGGUUAUUGUUUUGGAAUGUUAUGCGUUCCAGCGUCGCGAUACCCUUACAAUAAAACGAUUGCCUAA